UAGUGCUAAUCCGAUGAGGUGCUUCCUAGUCCAGGCUAAUACGAGCGAAUGAGCGCUUCCAGUAUGGACGGCCCUUUGGCCCCUUGUCGAAUAGCUCGCUUGCGGUGUUACGAUGCCAAAACAAGACAGAUUUAUGUACGCGAUAGUGUCGGGGGUUUAAUGAUGCGAGAUGUGAAUAAAAAUAUCAACUCCUUCCCAAUUCUUGAUCUCAUCCUUUCCCCUUUUUCUAUCCUCCGGUGCAGAUUUUUCUGUGAGGUGCACGUCCGUCGCCAUUAGACCUGCUGAGCAACCAAAAACUACAAAGAGAUCUUUAACCCCUGAAAGUAGUCAAAGCAGUCUAGGUUGUCAUUCUCGUCAUGUCAUCCACGGAAGUUCCCGAUCCUGACAUGGUUCAGCCAAUGGCUCCUCACCAGGACGAUGCGGCGAAGAGAUACUCGAUGGCGGAGGUCGAACGGGCUCGCUCGGCACCCGAAGAUAUCGAGGAGAAGGGUGAACGCGCAGAUUACGGGAAGGUUGAUAGCGAAGUCGCGAAAUACUCAUCGGCCGCCCGAAUUGAAAUAUCACCCGAAGAGAAUAUCAGGCUUCGAAAAUUGAUUGACAAGCGUGUCUUGGUUGUUAUGAUUACGACGUAUUUCCUCCAGGCAAUUGACAAGGGCACAUUGUCCUUCUCUUCGAUUAUGGGCCUUCCAAAAGACACUGGCAUGCUUACCCCCCAGGGUAAAGUAAGCCAGGACUUUUCGUGGUUGACAACCUGUAUUUACAUCACCAUUCUCGUUGUCGAGUACCCGCAAAAUUAUAUCAUUGCCCGUGUUCCUGUUGCCAAAUACCUCAGUUUUUCCAUCAUUGCUUGGGGGGUUGUCUUGGCAUGCCAUGCUGCUUGCAAGAAUUUCACCGGGCUGGUGAUUGCUCGUAUACUGUUGGGACUCUUUGAAUCAGCUUGCCAGCCUGCGUUCGUUAUACUCUCGGCUAUGUGGUACAAGCGCGAGGAGCAGGCGUCGAGAGUCACUUACUGGUACAUGAUGAACGGUGCGCAGCAAAUUGUUGGCGGUCUUCUUGCCUACUGCUUUACAUUGAUCACAGAUGGCCCUCUCAAGUCGUGGCAGUGGCUAUUCAUGGCUUACGGUAUCAUCUCCGUUAUUUUUGGUGUCUUCGUCUUCUGGUGGAUGCCUGAUUCUCCUAUGCGUGCGAAAUGUUUCACCGAAGAGGAUAAACACUUGAUGGUUGAGCGUGUCCGAGGAAACCAAACCGGCUUGCAAAACCGUGUCUUCAAGAAGGAGCAAGUUUGGGAUGCAUUGACCGAUCCCCAAACCUGGUGCUAUGCUGGAAUCCAGUUCACGACGACCCUACCAACCAGCGGCCUUGGCGCAUUUGCUAAUCUCAUUAUCUCGGGUAGUUUGGGGUUCACCAACCUCCAAACACAGCUCCUUGCCAUGGUCCUUGGUUUUUACAUCAUAAUUGUGUUGUUGGGAUCGGUCUGGCUGGUGAAGAAGUUUAACCAGAACAUCCUGACUAUGUUGGGUUUCGUAAUUCCGUCAUUUAUUGGCACCAUCCUAUUAAUGACUGUCCCUAACAAUACCUUCUCUCAGCACGUCGGUUUGCUCAUCAGCUAUUAUAUCACGCUCUCUUUUUGGGCGGCGCAGACCCUUGGUCUUUCUAUGAUGUCCCGAAACGUCGGCGGCCAGACGAAGAAGACUGUUGUUGUUGCUACAUCAUUUCUGUUUUGGGCAGCAGGAAAUUCCAUAGGGCCAAUGUGCGUGCAACCUCUCAUAUAUCAAGUUCAAAGUAUCUUCACUAAUUGGAAUAUUAGGGUUUUCCUUUCUCGUGAGGCUCCGAAGUACUUUACUGCAUUUGCAACCCACCUUGGGUGCUACGCGGCUCUCGUGCUUAUCCUGCUGUUCUUCCGCUUCUAUCUUUGUAGACAGAAUAAGAAGAGAGAUCAAUUGGCUGCGGCUGGUGUUAGUGAGGCUCACGAUGAGAGACUAGCCCACGCCUUUGAAGAUUUGACGGAUAGGGAGAACCCCAACUUUAGAUAUGUGUAUUAGAGAGUAUUUGAGGGUAUGAGUUUAUGUUGUUUGG